UCGCUUGGCCAAACGUGGCGGAUGCAUUUCACAUCUGCUCUCCUAGCGCCGGAUUCUCACUUGCAAACCUAAUCAUCUUUUCCCCAACCGUUAUUAUUCAGUGUUUCCAACUCAUUGAAUCGCACCUCCUUUCAUAUUAUUCCUUUCUCGCUCGAUUCUGUCAACUUCCCUAGUACAUAGAUCCCCCUUCCCUUUCAUCCAUUGCCACUGUACUCAAUAGCUUUUUUUGUCUCCCUUCUUCUCUUCACUCACUUUCUUCUCGUGUUUUUCGUAAAGCAGUAACUCCAUCCAUUCUCACUAAUCCCAAUACUUCUUCCUUAGUGAGCCUCUCGAGUCGCGACAUUGGAAGCGGUUUUGGUUGGAACCCAUAUCUCACACCGUCCGCAAAGUUUGGUAUCGUGCUCUUCAUCAAAACAUUUCAUGCCGCGUCACAUUCAACAAUCUUAUAUUCUGCCCUAUUACUCUCAGCAUUAUCACCCAAUUCCUAUAUGCCUGUCCUAGCAAGUGGGCCAUUUGGUCCAUUAUAUGGUCCGUUUUUCGCCUACAUCUUCACAAGUUCACCAUGCUAUUUUCUCUCUCGCCUUCCAUAUAACCCUUCCCCCGUGAGCAGCCAUGCCAUUAUUGCAUGCAUUUUACAUGGCUUAUGGUCUGCUCACUGGCGCUAUGUAUUUGACCAAGUACCAUUC